ACGCCCGCAGCCCCAAAUCAUCACCCCCUUCGUGCGUUGCUUCUACUUCUCUUCGUUUUCUUCUCUGCGCCGCCACCAGAUCCGCUCUCAAUCGAGAAGAUCAACCCUUGGUUCUCUACCAGCACCGCUCUUCCUGAGAAGAUCACUCGUUCCUGUUGGUUGCAUUGAGAUUUAAAGAUGGAGACUGGGGCUCAAACUUUUCAACAUCGUCCAUUUUCAAUCAAAUUGUGGCCACCAAGUCAAAGCACCCGACAAAUGCUUGUUGAGCGAAUGACCAAGAACCUGUCAACUGAAUCCAUAUUUUCCAGAAAGUAUGGCCUUCUUAGCAAGGAAGAAGCUAGUGAAAAUGCUAAAAAAAUAGAAGAGGCAUGCUUUGCUACUGCCAAUGAGCAUUUUGAGAAGGAGCCUGAUGGCGAUGGGAGUUCUGCAGUGCAGCUGUAUGCCAAGGAAACUAGUAAGCUUAUGCUAGAGGUCCUGAAAAGAGGUCCCAGACUCAAAGAGGAAUCUAAAGUGACUGUACUAGAUAAACCCCUUGCUCCAACUGAAACUGUAUUUGAUAUUUCUGGUGGUCGUCGGGCUUUUAUUGAAGCUGAGGAAGCUAGGGAGCUUCUGAAGCCACUAACAGAGGAAGGGAAUUCAUAUACCAAAAUAUGCUUCAGCAACCGAAGCUUUGGUCUGGAUGCAGCUCGUGUUGCACAACCUAUACUUGAAUCCCUUAAAAAUCAGCUAACUGAGGUAGACCUUUCUGAUUUUAUCGCUGGAAGGCCUGAGGACGAAGCUAUUGAGGUCAUGAAGAUCUUCUCAUUGGCUUUGGAAGGUUGUGUGCUCAGAUAUCUAAACCUCUCAAACAAUGCUAUGGGUGAGAAGGGUGUCAGAGCAUUUGAUACUCUCCUCAAAAGUCAGAGCAACUUGGAGGAGCUUUACUUGAUGAAUGAUGGAAUAUCUGAGGAAGCUGCAAAGGCCAUAGCUGAGCUCAUUCCGGCCACUGAUAAGCUUAAAAUCCUCCAUUUUCACAAUAAUAUGACUGGAGAUCAGGGUGCAAUAGCAAUAUCUGAGAUAUUGAAGCAUUCACCAGAAUUGGAGGAUUUCAGAUGCUCAUCAACAAGGGUGGACUCAGAGGGUGGGAUUGCCCUAGCUGAGGCUUUGAGUACUUGCACCAAAUUGAAGAAACUUGACCUGCGUGACAACAUGUUUGGUGUGGAAGCUGGGCUAGCUCUUACUAAAUCCCUAGAGCAGUUCCCUAGUAUUACUGAAGUCUAUUUGAGCUAUUUGAAUUUAGAAGAUGAGGGAGCAAUAGCAAUUUCAACUGCUCUUAAGGAAUCUUCCCCUUCUCUUGAAGUCUUGGAGAUUGCUGGAAAUGAUAUAACUGUGAAGGCCGCCCCUGCAAUAGCCGCAUGCAUAGCAACAAAGAAGAACCUCACAAAACUGAGCCUGGCUGAGAAUGAACUGAAGGAUGAUGGUGCAGUCCUGAUAGGCAAAGCAUUAGAAGAGGGUCACACCCAGCUUAAGGAACUUGAUCUCAGCAACAACAUGAUAAGGAGGGUCGGGGCCCGUUGCCUGGCUCAUGCUGUUGUUUCUAAUAAGCCUAACUUUGUGCUGCUGAAUAUUAAUGGGAAUGCUAUCUCGGAUGAAGGAAUUGAUGAGGUGAAGGAUAUUCUGAAGGCUGCGAACAAAUCUUUGGAUGUUCUUGGGCCAUUGGAUGAGAAUGAUGUUGAUGGAGAGGGUGAAGACGAGGAUGAGGAAGAUGAGGGUGAAGGAGAGGAGAAAGAACUAGAGUCAAUGGUUGAUCAACUCAAGGUUGAUCAGUAGGAGCUAGCUACCAUCAUCAUCCCUCUGGUGUGGGCUCUGUAAUUCUGAUGCAUUGUUGCUUGAGUUACUAGUGGCAGUAUCAUUUAUCUUCGGAGAAUGGCCGGCACACAUUUUCAGGAUUGUUGUCUGUCAUUAUAGUUUUCCGAAAGGAGCCAACAUCAGUUGGGUUUAGGUGUUGUCCAUGCUUUAGUUAUUUUCUGUAUUGCUUAGUGGUCUAGAUUGAAACUAUUGUUGUCUCAUUUGACUGGUAUGGUUUUACAAGUGACUAAACAUUUGAACCAUACCUUUGACCUCUGACGUUUACAUUAUUAUGCAACUUCCUUCUGGUUCUGUUUGGUGAAAACUGAAUAUCGCCUUGAAUUUAAUGACAGGUAAAUAGCUUCAUUUU